AUGGAAAGCCCUGCUUUCCGCAUCUACAUGGAGUUCAGGUUCGCUAUCUCAGGAUGGCGUAACCUGAACUGUGGUGCGGGACCCACUGGCAUUCUCCGAACAUGGCAUAAGUGGGUCACCAGAGGAGACAGUGUCGCUGAAGCCCCGGAUACCGCAUCACAUCACCGGAGAGCUCGCCCCUCCCUCGCUUCUCCUCUCUCUCCAGUCCUCACAUGCAGCUCGGGCUGUGCUCCCACCACUCCACCUCUCAGCUGCAAGACACCAGGGGGAGAGAGACCAGGCAGCACCUACUGUGUAUACUCAGGAAGCCGGCUGGUUAGUCUCUGCACCACCUGCACCCUCACAGCCCUUCCUCCUCUCCUGCACAGCCUGUUUCAUCCCUAUAGGAUGGCGAGCAGGGGGCUCCCAGAAGAUGCUCUCCUACCCUUCCUCUCCCAUCACACCUCCUGCAGCCAGCUUCCGGAAGAAGUGUCUAUGUCUGAGCUUCCGGAAGAAGUGUCUAUGUCUGAGAGUGGACUCAUCUCAUUUACUGAAGAGUGCAAUGAGUCAACUGCAGCAUUGAAGAGACAGGUGUGGUAUGAAAUGGAUUGCUUCAGCACGGGCAUCACCUCCAAGGAUAAUGCAAGGACUCACAUGAUUGGACUCCUACCAGCAUUAAGAAGGAAAGCAGGCAUAUAGCAGAUCAGGAGAAGUCCCAGGUCUCUCAGGAAACCGCAAGCUGAAACUGCAUUUUUAUUGUCUGGUUUCAUAUCUUUGUGUAUGAUGUGGCACUAAAUCAUUUUAUUGCGCUGGGGUGUUUAGAAACGUUCUAUUUUAUUCACAUAUUUUGAUAAUUCAUCCGUGUGACAUUCUGGAAGUGUUAAGCAGGGUACACACAGGCAGAUAUAACAGCUGCUCGAGCGAACUCCUGAUAUAUCGCAAGCUGGUGGGUAACCCCUGAUAUGUCUGUGAACCACACCGUUCACAGACUUAUGGCAUCGCUGUAUGCGGUCGUAAACUUGCUGCAAUGGCCUCUGGCGACUGACAUCACAACUGGGCGGGCACAUUUAAAUGUUCGCCAAGUUGUGGUGUCAGGCACAACACAUCAGGCAGACGAUUGGUAAGUGUGUAUGCAUAGGUCGGUGAAUCAGCCAAACAGCUGACCCGUCCGCCUGUGCAUACCCAGCUUUAGGAUUUUAGAUACUUGUCUGCUUUUCAACAGAUCUCAUAGGUAAUGCCACGUGCACUGACACUGUGUGCCACCAUCAAUCCCCAGUGUUCAAGGGAAAGAUGUAUCAAACUACUGACUGUAA